AUGACGGCGGUUCUUCUGUUUGCCUAUUAUGACCCAAUUCUCAUUGCUCGCCAGGUAAACACAAAUAUGGCGCGAACAAUGCUACCCAACCGGACUUGUCUCGAAUGGCGUUUCUUCUCAAAUCUUCCCCGAAGUUCACCAGUAGAAUCCCCCUUUUUGUUUGUAUCCAUUCUCAAUAACGCGUUAAAUCUGUUCUCUCGUGAGGCUUUUCACCAGAGUUAUCCGGAGGCUGCUGAUGGGCAUCUGGAACGUAUAAAAAAAGAUGACGGCAAGGAUGGAGGCUGCGCUACUUACACCAUAACUCUUCAGUUCAAUCGGGUUGGGAGCCUGCUUGCCAUAGGUUGCAACGACGGUCGAGUUGAAUUGUGGGAUUACGUUACAAGGCGCAUAUCAAAAGUGCUAAUAGCACACACGCAUCCAGUGUGCUGCAUCAGUUGGAGCCGAAACAGCCGCCGACUUCUAACAGCUUCAACUGAUAACGCGGUGUCUAUAUGGAACGUUGUAACUGGCGAAUGCGAACGAACAUUUCGGUUUCCUUGCCCUGUACUCAAGGCACAAUUCAAUGCCCGCAAGCCCGACCAGUUUUUGGUCUGCCCGAUGCGUCACCCUCCUGUAGUGAUCAACAUCCCCUCUGGGCUCCCAACCAUUAUCCAAACCGAUGAAGAAAACGACCCUAGCAUCGUGGCUUCGUAUGAUCGCCGCGGAAAAUACAUUUACACAGGAAAUUCGAAAGGAAGGGUCUGUAUUUAUGAUACAGAAAAGUUCCAGUUAGUGACCUCUUUUCGACCAGCAGGUUCUGCCAAUGCAGCCGUCAAAUCAAUAGAAUUCGCCCGUCGCGGAGAGUAUUUCCUCCUCAAUUGUGCGGACCGCGUCAUUCGGGUGUUUAACUGCGAGGAUGCACUCAAAGGUGACGGACAGGAAUUAGAGCCUUUGAAGAAACUGAAGGACUUGGUCACGGGGAGCCACUGGCGCAAAUGUUGCUUCUCCGGCGACGGCGAGUAUAUUUGCGCUGGCUCAAUGAAACAACAUUCGAUCUACCUAUGGGAGAGGAGUAGUGGUACUCUGGUGAAAAUAUUGCACGGUCAGAAAGGCGAGACGUUGUUGGAUGUAGUAUGGCACCCUUUGCGCCCCAUAAUUGUGUCCAUAUCAAACUCGGUGACGAAGGAACAAGUUUCCAUUUGGGCACAAACACAAGUGCAAAAUUGGUCUGCAUUUGCUCCGGAUUUCAAGGAACUUGAUGAGAAUGUUGAGUAUGAAGAACGUGAGUCAGAGUUUGAUAUAGAGGAUGAGGAUAAGAACGUGGAGGAGAGCAAAACUAAAGAGGAAGAAGACGUAGAAGUGGACGUUGAAACAGUGGAGCCUGUUGCGGCACUUUUGAGCAGGCACCCAAUUUUCCGUAUGUUGCAUGCGUGCUUGCGUUCCUCCAAACCUUGA